AUGGCAGAAGUGUGGGGAAUCAUAGAGGGACUUAAGCUUUGCUGGAACUUGGGGUUUAGGAAGGUCCAGGUUGAGACAGAUGCCAAGGAGAUCAUCAACCAGAUUAGAGAGAAAGGAGAAAUAGAAGGAGACAACGCUUUAACAAACAUUCUGCAAGAACUAAUAAGGAGAGAAUGGCAACUCGAAUUUAGUUAUACUUACCGAGAAGGAAAUCGUUGUGCUGAUAUGAUGGCAAAGAUGAGUCUAUCCAUUCCACAACGUUGGAGCAUGUGGGAAGCACCACCAAGCGGCAUACUGAGAAUCUUGCAGGAAGACGCAUAA